AACUUGUACCAGAAUAGGUUCCUUGGCCUGGCUGCCAUGGCCUCCCCGACCCGCAGCAGCCAGACUCGUCAGCGCUACAAGGGUGCAGUUCGUCACAGUUACGGCCCAGACAGCUUUGCUGUCAAUGGUCUGAAUCAGGAGGACUUCAUGAUGGGAUUGCCGCGGUCCACCAGUGACACUGAUCUGGUCUCGCCUGAUACUCGCUCCACCCUAACCAUCAGCUCCUCCCACUACACCAUAGCCCAGUCUGAAGACCUCGUAAUCACAUGGGAUAUCAAGGAGGAAGUGGAUGCUGGGGACUGGAUUGGCAUGUAUCAUGUCGACGAGGCUUUAUCGGAUAACUUUCUGGACUACAAGAACCGAGGCAUCAACGGAUCUCAUAAGGGACAGAUCGUAUGGAAAAUUGACUCCACCUCCAACUUCAGUGACG